CAGUAUCCUCCAGGGGACUAGAAAAGAGUAUUAAGUUUCUAUAUCGUAACGUAAUUGGUAUGUAAAACUUUAAAGAACAAUCUUGGAGUCUCGGUGGUGUUUACUUUCACUACACCUUGUGCAGGUCACACAUACGCACCCCUCAGGAGUUGGGUUAAUGGUUUGGACCAUGUGUUUUCUGCACUGUGACUCGCUCGGAAACUGCAUCGGCGACUGCUUAGUUCCGCUAUCGCCGGAGACUUAGAGGCCCUUCCCGGACUCUUGUGGGGGUUCCGCGGCGCUGCGGGAAGAAGAGGCCGCCUCGGCGGUGCGUUGUCCUCGCGACCAGCGGGUAGCGAGCGCACUCUCGAAAGCUGAGGGCUCCAGCGACCACUCGUGCCAGCGCCAUGGCAGUCCCAGCCGGUCAUCUGACUUUUGAAUGCCGCAAUUUUCUUCGAGUAGAUCCCAAAAGGGACAUAGUUUUGGAUGUUAGCAGCACAAGCAGUGAAGAUAGUGAUGAAGAGAAUGAAGAGCUGAAUAAAUUGCAGGCAUUACAAGAAAAAAGCCGGCUAUUGACACCUUUACCUGACAGUGCUCAAGAGAUGAAUAGUCAACUCAAGACUCAGAAAAGAAGAGAGAUAGCCAAGAGCUGAAAACCAUUAAAAAUAAUCCUUGGAAAUUUCAGGAUUUUUUCUUCCUUUUAGUACAUUUUAUCUUUGGCCAUUUUUUUUGUUUGUUUUCCUUUUUUCAAUCACAAUUUUAGUACUCUUUAUACAGAAUCCUUCUCACUGAUUUUCUUUAACAAAUCUCAUUUACACGUUUCUUUAUAUGAUGAACAUAUCAUCAUAUUGUUUCCCAACUAUUAAAGAAUGCUUUUUGAGGCUCCUGUCAUUUGACUUUAUCUUCCCAUUUUUGUUGUCUUCAUCUACCUAUCUCAAAUCACUCAUAAGACUAGUAUUUGGUUGCUGUCUUCCUUUUCAUGUCAAAUCCUCUCACUCGUGGUGGCCUCAUUAGAUGACUUAGCAUGACCUGCCCAACAUGCUAGCCCAUCUUCUUCUUGAUCUUCUCAAUGGAAAUUAUCUUUUUUCUCACUUUACCUCAGCCACAUAUUUCUGUGACUGCAUGACGAACUUUGUGCUCAAGCUCCAAAAGCAGUAAGUCAGACAUCCCACCCUCUUAUCUAACUUCCUAUCCUUUCAGGUUAUUUAACAUAAAGAUCACCAAGCUAUUGUCCCUACCAUUUUCAUCAGUCUGUAUUCUCCUUAUCUGGCUUAGAUUCCAUCAUUUUUUAUUAUAACGACUCUCCACAAAUACCCUUACUCCUUUGUCUCUCGCGGUCUUUCACCCUCACAGGGCAAAAGACCAAACAUGGGUAAACCCCUCCUUCACCUUCACCAUGCUAAUCUCUUACAGCAAACAAUGGUAGAGAAAAUCGAGGCAGAUUACUGUCACUAGAAAUUCGUGAUUCCCAAUCUCAUCUAUGCAUUUAACAUGGCCAGGAAUCCUACCAGCUUUCUCUUUUAAGCGCUCCCCCCCACAUAUAUUUGUACUUUCCCUCAGUGUUCAAA